CGUGACAUCCACUCGACGCGUCUAUCAUCGUCUAUUCCGGAUCGACAACUUCCCGUUUGCCAACUGACGCGCGCUUCUCUUACCUUCGAACAUUGCCCACACAGCCCCUCGCUAAUCACUGCCUGCGAUCGCCACGCACCAUUACUAUCACAGAGAUGACUGCCUCUCUAUCGAACGAGGGAAACGUUGAUCAUGACGAAGUUAUCUUCCUUUGGUCUUCGCCUGUCGCCAAAGUUCCCUCGAGUCGAGCUAAGGACCUCUGUGGUCCUGACGCCAGACGAACCUUCCCAUCAAGCCCAAGACCAAAGAGCUCUGUCGAAUCAAGGCGGAAAGGCCCCCAUGCAACGAAGCGUGCGUCCAUAUCUCCAAUACCAGCCGGUAUGGUGGGGAAGUGUAUCGAGCUCGGUGUAGUGGAGGGACCAGACGGAAAUUUUCGCGCUGUGUAUGGCUGCUUUGAUACGACGGGUAGAUUUCGUCGCCAGUUGCGGCUCGGGUCAAUGGCACUCGACACUCAACCAAACGCAACGAAUGUCACACAUGGUCAAAUAGAGUAUCGUCCAUGCUUUCAAGGAAUGUCCUCACAACAAGUACGGAAGGAGUUCUUUCGCCGGCUCCCUGAGAAGUUGUAUAGACCCUUAUCAUGUGGGGAAAUUUAAU